GUGCAAGCUUUUUUUCACAAUGUUCGAUGAUCGAUGCCGUUCCGUACAAUCCAAGAUAUACAUAAUGGACACCCCCCACCGGUGACGCAUGACAGGGAUUUCGUAUGACCUCAACAGGGGAGGUGCUUAACUCUCCUGUAAUGCUCCCAUGCGGGCGCAUCGCACCAAAUAGAUUCGUGAAGGCCUCUAUGUAUGAAGCUCUGGCGGAUUGGUGGGGUGGUUUGCCGAACCAUGAUCACGAGGGGAUGUACGAGUUAUGGGGCAAGGGUGGCUGGGGUAUCAUCUUGACAGGUAAUGCGCAAGUGGCAAAUGACCAUCUUACGUUGGGACGAGACAUCGUCGUCCCCGAGGAUUUUAGUGAAGAAUCGUGCGAACCUUAUGAAAGGUUGGCUGAAGCAAUCCAUGGGCCUGGGAAAGCGACAGAACCACAUGAGAAACCCUUGGCCCUCCUUCAGGUCUCUCAUGCUACACGGCAGUCACCCCAACUAGUAGGGGGACGUAUAUUUGCGCCUCCUGUUUGUGUCAGUGAUGUCCCACUUGCUCCGCCGGAUCACUGGUUCGGGAGGUUGUUCUUUCGGUUGUUGUUCAAACAUCCCACCUCGCCAAGCGACGCGGAACUCGACAAGAUCCUGGACCGUUUUGUUUUCGCAGCGCGUCUUGCUCACAAAUGCAAGUUUGAUGGUGUACAACUGCAUGGUGCUCACGGCUACCUCCUAGCAUGUACGGUUUCUCCAAAGACCAACAAGCGUACCCCUCCAUAUGGACCCGCCUCUUUAUACAUUUUGAAACAACUGGUGCAACGCAUUCGAAAGGCCAUGCCUUCAGAUUUUGUGGUUGCCAUCAAACUCAACGCAGCGGACUAUGUGCAAGGAGGGCUGACGGAAGAAACUGCGUUAGAGCACAUAAAAGACAUUGCUGGAUGGGCGCAAGAAGGCUAUCCUGUGGACCUGAUUGAAAUCAGUGGGGGAACUUACGAGAAUCCUCGUUUUUUAACUUCCACCCGCCAGGCUCUCUUCUCCGCUUUCUCUAGGAAGGCUCUCUCUUCUAUUCGGGACAUCCCCAAUGCACCUAAAAUUAUACUUACCGGUUCUAUUCGUUCCGUCAAAAUUAUGAUGGAGACAAUUACUUCAGGACACGCAGACUUUGUGGCUCUCGCUCGACCCUCAGUCCCGUACCCCUACCUUCCUUGGUUAAUAAUCGAUCCUGCGAGUUACCCAGAUAAGACCGUCUCAAUCGACACCGAGACAGGCCUCCCGAAAUUGGCUGACGAGCCUUCGCCAUGGUGGAACUUCAAAAUCCCUUUGUUUGGCGCUGGGGUUUCUACCGCGUGGUGGGUCGCGUUCAUGGCGCGUCAGAGCGCCUCACAGCAGAAGCGGAGGCGUCCGCUCUUGGGGAAAGAAAUCUCUCAAUUAGAGAAGACUCUGGAUCCAUUUUGGAUCAGCUUCGAGUUGUUCAUUGGAAGGAGAAAUGCGGUUAAAAUCAAAUGGAUCACCUACGCUGGUUUCCUGCUGUUCUUAAUCUUCGCGUUGCGAAGACUGUAAAUUCGGUGGCUCGGGCGUUGGUUUCAUACCUGAACAGAUACAACUGAUACUUCGCUUACGUAGAUGGUAUUUCCCUAUAUAUGUUGUCCUUCACGACAUUGGUUAGGGAGGGAGAAAGCUUUCAUGUCACAGUUCGUGGAGCCAAAUCCAUGUCUAACUACAACAAUGCCACCCCAGUCACCAGCAGCAGCAGAAUGCAUCAAAGCAUGAUUACGAAGCUCGCUAACACAACGUUCUGCGCCUCAGCACCAUCAGACCAUUACCAACCGCUUUCUGGGCAAGCGGCAGACGAAGAGACAACGAAGAGAGAAGGGGAUAUUAAGUCGCGAUAUUCCGACGCAUCUUUGUACUUCCAACCUUGGGCAGUAAGGACCGGAUCGGAGAGACGCAAAGUAAUGAUUAAAGCGAUCCUCACCAAGGUAAUAUAAAUAGAGCAGAAAUAGAAAACGCAAGGAG